CCAGCUGCUAAGUUUUCAGCGGUCGAAUGCGUAUUCUACCUAGAAGUUGUUGCUAAGUACAUUUUCGUGAUUAGAAAUUCCAAGCUCAGUUUCAGCCCUGCUUCAUGUAAAACAUUUCUGCAAAUCACCUACUUCUCAGCACACUUAUGUUCGAGCAGAAGCAGGUG